GCACUUCCGUAGAGAGAAGAAACGCCAGCGUCCAUAAAUAAACCUUGAUUGAAAAGCACAAACUCUUUGCGACAAGGUGUGCUAAUAUGGAAGUGCUGCCAAUCAUGCACACUUGCGGCCUCCUCGUACGUCGCAGAUGAGCAGCAGGCUGCAUCGCCGUGGAGAAUAAAUGUUCCAGAAGCACUUUGACUGGUGCCUUUCCCUGUCGACGAGUCGUCAGCUUGGACAUGGAGGAUCGAACCAUCCACCUUCAGCCUGCCUACCAAGAAGCAUCAAAGAUGUGACUUCCUGUUUGCGCUGCCGGGUUAGAAGUCGUCACCGUGGCAGGGCAAAAGUCAUGGGUGUUUGUCGCCGAGGGGUCUCAGCGUGACGCCGGUGGAGGGUGCCUGCUUUGCCGCCGGUGUAAUCAAUUGACCUCUCAACCUCCAACACGUGGUCCAGGAGUUAGAGAUGUGUUCUUCAAGCUUCGAGGAGCCAUUAUUGUGUUGUAGCAGGAACCCCGUCUCUACAGGACUACUUGACCCAUUAUGGUGCUAAAAAGGUCAGGUUGACACUUUCUUGUUCCCUUUCCACUUUUAGGAUCGGGUCUGCUGUGUGAAAGAAGCAAGAUUCCAGUUGAUUUUGGACGACUGAAGACGGGCUGCUGUGGUCGGGAUGCACAGCAGAAAGAAUUGAUUCCACAUCCAUCCCCGCUUGGACCGCUGCAGAAUCCUGCCGUCGCUCUCCGGCGUCCCAAACACAUUCCUGAUAUUCCCAGGCCUGAGAGGCAGUGCGGCGGCGGCGGCGGGCCACAGCGUGCAGAGCGUCAGGACCACCGGGAUGAUGAGCAUGGUAUCCGAGCGGCGAGGGAGGUGACGCACGUCCGGACGACUGGGGGAAUUUUUACGGUCUGUCCCGCCACGUUACCACGCUUCGAUAAAGAUCCCGACCCGGCGCCCAUCCAUCAAGAAGGUGGUGCAGGACGGGGCCAAUUUAUUAAAGGUGCUCAAAACCUGGAGCGAGACGAGUGUGACUGCGAAAUAACACACCAUGGGGCCAAGGAAAGUUGCAAGUGAUAAAUAAGGACGUUAGCGUUAUGCAAACGCAGUCAGCUGUCGCUCGCAAGGCACUCUAAAAAGGAACCCUGCCGAGAUAAGCCUGCUAAAAACUCGCGCCUGUUCCCAAGGACCACGGGUUCCCGUCCCAGCGUGGCCCUGGAGACCAACAUGGCAGCCGCUGUAAGUGGGACAGGAAGCCUCAGAGACCCUGGAGAAGGAAGCAGACAAGACGCUCCGUCAGUCAGCGGCUGAGCCGAUGAGACGGGACCGAGACGAGUCUUCCAUCCGGGGGCACGUGUCAUGCACACAGCGAUGAUGGAGGGAGGAGAGGAAGUGAUGUCUGCCUCCUCUAGGCCAGCUCCAGCUGAUUGUUAAUCGCCCUCACCUGGGAUGAAACGUCCAGGUGUGUCACCCCUGGGGGAGAAACAGACACACACAAGCUGUCACACCCACUACAGGACAUAACAAAGAUGUGCUAAAGCAAGAGCCCAUAAGCAUGGACCAUAACACGCCUUUUAGUGGUCCUCAAUCUGCAGGCCAGACUUCAUUAAGCAGCUCCACUUUGCACCACAUCAUCAUUGGACUGAUAGGAGCCUAGGAAGUGACAGCCAGUUGCCCCGAGGUGUUGGGAUGGGGCUUCGGGGGGGGGGGGGGGCAUCCAUCCAUCCGCCUUGAGCUCAAACCAUCAAUCCAGCGGGGGUGAGAGCUGCCAGGAGGGGGAAGGAGAAAAAACAUUAUUAACCACACUUCAUCUAUCCAUAAUCCCGAUUGGCUAUGCUAUGCUAUGCCGGGUGCCAGGGAGGCGGAGCUUAUCCGAGAGACAACAAUUCCCAGGUGCCUCUCCGUCUCGGCCAAGCAGCGGUCUCCAGCUUUCCCCAGCUCUGGGCCAACCUUCAGGGUGUUGAAUGUCACCAUCUGUUGACGACCUGUCGGGUUCACGUCGCUACAGGAAGAGAAGGAGAGCCGGGGAUUGGUUGACGCCGGGCCCGUGAGGACCGCACUUUAUUGCACAGCACCUUCCUUCCGCCACCCCUCAACCCCCCGCCCCUCACCCGCCGCAUGCUGCCGGGGACUCGGCAGCCAAUGGGCGGCUGGCGUCCCCCUCAGCCUCGGUGACAUCCACCCAGCGAGGAGCGGACGUGUGCGGCGCAGUUGCGGUGUGCGGCCGACGCAGGCUGCUCUCAAUCGGAUACUCUCCUUUUCCAGACACCGGGGACGAAGAAGCUCCAUCACCAGCCACCACCCCCCAGGUGCUAGUUUACAGCAUGAAGACCGAGCCGUCACUCUGACCCAAAGACCGCCGCAUACAGAGAGGGAAGGACAGCGGGUGGACGAGGACCCUUGUUGCUAUGGAGACGGUGUGUGUGCUAAUGGUGCUGUGGGCCGCCGUGGCCCAGCUCGGCUCGCCGGCGGCGGGACUGAGGUCCCCUCGAAGGACUACAGUGGCACACAAGGGGUCCGCGGGCCUGACGGGACAGGACGCCAACGGGGUGCCGCUCAGGCGGUCCAAGCGAGGAUGGAUGUGGAACCAGUUCUUCCUGUUGGAGGAGUACACCGGCACUGACAUGCAGUAUGUCGGCAAGCUUCACUCCGACUCCGACCGCGAGGACGGAAGCGUGCGUUACGUGCUGACGGGCGAUGGCGCGGGGACGCUGUUCAAGAUAGACGAGAAGUCGGGCGACAUCCACGCCACCAAGCGUCUGGAUCGGGAGGAGAAGGCGUACUACGUGCUGCGCGCCAAAGCCGUCAACCGCUUCACCAACGAGGCGCUGGAAGGCGAGUCGGAGUUCAUCAUCAAGAUCCACGACAUCAACGACAACGAGCCGCGCUUCACCAAGGACCCUUACAUGGCCAGGGUGCCUGAGAUGGCCGACAUUGGUACCCCCGUCAUCCAGGUGACGGCUUUAGACGCAGACGACGCCACCUACGGGAACAGCGCCAAGGUGGUCUACAGCAUCCUGGAGGGCCAGCCUUACUUCUCUGUGGACCCGGAAACAGGCGUGAUCAAGACAGCCCUGCCCGGCAUGGACCGCGAGGUGAAGGAGAACUACCAGGUGGUCAUCCAGGCUAAAGACAUGGCCGGACAGAUGGGGGGCCUCUCGGGGACCACCACCGUUAGCAUCACCCUCUCCGACGUCAACGACAACCCGCCACGCUUCACCAAGACCCUUUAUGAGUUCAAGGUGCCCGAGUCCAUGGCUCUGGGCUCGGCGGUGGGAGUGAUCCGAGCCGUGGACAUGGACAUCGGGGAAAACGCAGAAAUGGACUACAGGAUCAUUGGGAGCGAUGGGCCCGGAAUGUUCGACAUCUCUACCAAUAGGAGCACGCAGGAGGGCGUCAUCGUGCUCAGGAAGCUGCUGGACUUUGAAAGGAAGCGUCAGUAUGGGCUACGCGUGCAGGUGGAGAACGUCCACGUCAGCCCGCGUUUCUUCUCGGCGGGGCCGUUCAGGGACGAGGCGUCCAUCAAGAUCACGGUGGAGGAUGUGGACGAGCCGCCCGUGUUUGAGCGAGCCAGCUACAUCAUGGAGGUCAAAGAGGACGCCACGCCCAACACCAUCAUCGGGUCCGUCAGCGCCUCCGAUCCGGACAUCAAACGCAGUCCUGUCAGGUAUUCCAUCGACCGACGCACCGACAUGGACCGAGUGUUUGAUGUCCACGCCGUCAACGGCUCCGUCUUCCUCCUCCGAGAGUUGGACCGCGAGGAGAACGCCUGGCACAACAUCUCUGUCAUCGCCUCAGAGUUCAACAACCUUCGACAGAUCAGCCGCGUGCCGGUCCACAUCAGAGUGCUGGACAUCAACGACAACGCCCCCACCUUCGCCACCAACUACGAGACGUUCGUGUGCGAGAACGCCAAGGCUAACCAGAGGAUCCAAACGGUGAGCGCCACAGACCCGGACGAGCCUCUGGGAGGGCAUCGCUUCUUCUUCAGCCUGGCCCAGGAAGCCGCCGGGAAGGCCAACUUCUCCGUCCGCGACAACCGAGACAACACGGCGUGGAUCCUGACGCGGAGGAACAGCUACAGCAGCCUCCUGAAGAGCGUCUACCACGUGCCCGUGGUCAUCUCGGACGGCGGCAUGCCGGUGCGGAGCAGCACCAACACGCUCACCGUCAGGGUCUGCACGUGCGACCGCGAGGGCAACAUGAAGCUGUGCAACGCCGAGGCGCUGACGGCCAAAGCGGGGCUGAGCACGGGGGCGCUGGUGGCCAUCUUGCUGUGCGUCUUGAUCUUGCUGAUGAUCGUAGUUCUGUUCGCCGCCCUGAGGCGGCAGCGAAAGAAGGAGCCUCUGAUCAUCUCCAAGGAGGACGUACGGGACAACGUGGUCAGCUACAACGACGAGGGCGGCGGAGAGGAGGACACCCAGGCCUUCGACAUCGGCACGCUGCGCAACCCCGAGGCCAUCGAGGACGCCAAGCAGCGGCGGGACAUCCUCCCCGAGGCCUACUACCCCCCCACCCGACGACCGGCGCCCCCCUCGGCCCGGGACGACAACAACGGCGACGUGCGGGACUUCAUCAACCAGCGCAUCCAGGACAACGACAGCGACCCCACGGCGCCGCCGUACGACUCGCUGGCCACCUACGCCUACGAGGGCAGCGGCUCCGUGGCCGAGUCGCUCAGCUCGCUGGAGUCGGCCACCACGGAGGGCGAGCAGGACUACAACUACCUGAGCGAGUGGGGGCCGCGCUUUAAGAAACUGGCCGACAUGUACGGCGCCGACGACAGCGACUCUUAACGGGGCGGCGGACACGGACGUUCUUGGGCCUGGCGUCGUGUGUCCCCCCCCUACCCCCCGUCACGUGUUAGUUAGGGCGCGGUACCGCCCACCUGAGUAUCUACCAAUGGUUUUUCUGUUUCGACUCCGCCGCUGCCUGUGAUGGACACGCAGUCGUCUACUUAAGUGUUUCACGCUGCGUGUUGUGAUCUUAGCUUGUGUACGUUACAUGCUACAAUACACUGUACAGACAUCCCACUCCUUUGCUUUUUUCUUCAUCUAAACAAACCUCCCAGCGCAGCCGACAGACUAACGCUGGUUGGUCUGGUUCCCGCGACGGAACCUUUUGGAAGACGGCCAAUGGAGGGCUAAAGACGCUAGCUACCGUUUAAAAAAACUCAACGCUCUACGGCCCCCCUUACCGGCGAGAUGGACGGAGGACGACAAGAUGGAGGACAAGCGUUUUGACUCAUCUUUUUUCUUCACCCUCCUCUUGACUCAAACAUGGCGGCGGCGUCCUCGUAGAUGUGUUGGUUGUCCAUGUGUAGACGCCGGCGUUGACAAAUGUGGUCCUCCGGUUCUGGGGGGCGGGGGGGAGAGAGAGAAAAACAUGGUCUUUGUGGUUUGGCCGUCCCAUUACUUUUGCUUUGUACAACGUGAGAUUUUGUACUGAAUAUUUAUAUGACGCGAUUAAAUAUUCUUGGAAAGCCGCCUGUUUGCUGCCAUUGUUAUUUUUAGAAAGGCUGGUAGGGGUGGAAGCAUCCAUCUAAUUUAUUGAUUGCUAUUCCUGCGAUCCGCCUGACAUAGCUUGUUCUGCAAGACAUGUCGCUCUAAGACGGUUUCAAAGAUCAUCGAAACGAGACAAUGUAACACUACGCGGAGGAUUUUAGUACUUUUAAUGAUAAACAGUUGGAUUUUGCUGACGUUGAUUAGCUAUGCCUGGAGACGGGGGCGCACGGAUGCUGUGAAGGCGAGUUAAAUUAAAGUUAAAGUU